GCCGCCAACUAUGGAUAGCAAACACAGCAAACUAUCUUUCCUUCUUCUUCCCGAAGAACUCAUCGAAGAAAUACUAUCAAGGCUUGGGGUGAAAUCACUCCUGAGAUUCAGGUGCGUUUCGAAGUCAUGGCGCUCUUUGAUUGGGAGCGAGCGAUUCAUCAAAACCCACCUCCAAAAUUCAUCAAAGAACACAGCUCUUUCCCAUCGCAGACUCAUUCAUAUUCAUGAUUCUAUGAGCUUUACAUUGGGUUUACUGACGGAGUUCGUUCAACCGGUGGGUUGCUGUAAUGGACUUGUCUGCUUUCUCAAGCAAGGGCAGUUUGUCUUGUGGAAUCCAGCCACUAAAAUCUCCAACGAAUUACCUCAAAUAGUGACAGAGAAUGGAGAUAGACCCUCGUUCUUGAUCAAAUAUGGGUUCGGUUGGGAUGAAUCGAGUGGCGCAUACAAGGUGUUUGUGGAUUUUGCUAUUGGUCUUCACGAGCGUAUGUGCAAAGUUUAUAGCUCGAAGACAAAUUCAUGGAAGACGGUGGAGUAUCGGAGUUUUGGUUUUGUACGUGGUGGGGCGCAGGUUGCGAGUGGAAAGCUUUAUUGGCAAAGGAUGAAGAGCAAUGGUGGAAUGAACGUUGUUACAUUUGAUUUGAAGAGUGAGGAGUUUGGAGAGAUCGAGCUGCCAUGUGAUUCGAUAGCGAGCUUGGGCGUGCUCGAGGGAUGCCUUUGCGUGUUCUCUUAUAACAAGGGAACACACUUUGAUGUGUGGAUUAUGAAAGAGGAUUCUUGGGUGAAAGUGAUGGAUGUUCCUGUUUAUGAGCCUUGUCGAAUAUUUUCACUCGUGAAACGAGUUUUGAGAGGCCUAAACGCAGAGAUUUCGCUAAUCCGUGGAUCGGCUUUCUUGGUUCACAAACUUAAUCUUGUAGAAGAGGAUGUGCUUUCGCUGCUCGACGUAAUCAAACGUUCAUUGAAAGCGAAUAUCUACUUUGAAAGUUUAGUAUCUCCGGUCUUUGACAAGGUUUGA